UUUUCUGUUGAUCAGGUCAGGGCUGCCUCUUUCCCAAUCUCUGACGGUGACAGGAUCCCAUCUGAAGAUGUCUGAGACCCAUGGCUGGGUUUGGACUUGACCUCUGAGGAUUUGGAGCGCUGUUCCCCUCUCUGGGUUAGAACUGUCUUGUUUCCAAGCCUCAGGGUUGUCUUACAAGAUCAACACCGACUGAUAUUCCAAGUCAUGUUAAUGAUGUAAUCCAUCUGCACUUUGGCAUUUCACACUGUGCAGGGUCAAAACAAACUAGAGGCACUUGCGUGGUUGACUCAUCCAUCAUCUUCUCUUGAAGGUGCUGAGAAUUUACAAUGUGAGCAAGUGAGUAAUAUGAAACUGCCUGGGCCUGUGUAACUCUGCAGUAAAACCCACCAGUGCUUGUAGAUCCUCUGAUCUUUGCUGCUGCUCUAGGCCAGUUGUUUUCCAGGGACAAGUCCAAUAGUUGUAGGUAAUGACAUUAGCAUAGUAUAUUUUACACCAGGGAAAACCUUUCACCACGCCAGUCUCCUAUUCUUUGCUGAUGAUGUAGUAAAUCUAGUGAUACUGAGACCAUCUGUAGCUGGGAUGGCUGCCUCCCCUUCAGAGAGGGAACAGCCUCUUCUGCAGCUUCAGGAAGUGGAUUCCAGUCGAGUUAGCAGUCAUGUCUUGUCCCCUGCCCUCAGCUCCUCCUCUCCUGCUCUGUCCCUCGAAUCGAGCCAGCCCAUCUGCAUCCCCUCUCCUUACACUGACCUCAGCCAUGACUUCCCUUCCCUACCUCUCUACAGUCCAACUAUUUUCAGUUAUGCUGGUCCAAACAUAUCGAAUUGCCCGUCUGUCCGUCAGUCCCUAAGCUCCUCCUUGUUCUGGAGCAGCCACGGACAUGUGGGGUCACCGAUUCCCAUACGCCGGCCCCAGCCACGCCCCCAACAUGGCCAGGCAAUCUACAGUCCAUGGGUGGAUUUAUCACCAGGGGACGGUGUGUUGACAGACAGUAAGAGGAGGCGUGGCCAGGAGAGCGAGGAGGGCAUGGUGUCAACAGGAGGAAAGGCAGACCUCCACUACUGUGCUGUGUGUCAUGACUACGCCUCAGGCUACCACUAUGGGGUUUGGUCAUGUGAGGGAUGUAAGGCCUUCUUCAAAAGAAGCAUCCAGGGACACAAUGACUACAUCUGUCCAGCAACCAAUCAGUGCACUAUAGACAAGAACCGCCGCAAGAGCUGCCAAGCCUGCCGCCUCCGCAAAUGCUACGAAGUUGGCAUGACCAAGUGUGGUGUGCGCAGGGAGCGUGGAAACUACCGGAGUCCUCAGAGUAGGCGAGUGACCCGUUUCUCCUCCCGGGGAGGAGCUAAUGGAUCAAAGAUGGAGGCAUCAACUGGACCCCAGGCUGCUUCAGUCACUGAGCCUCAUCUACCUGCACUGACCCCAGAGCGGCUGAUCCAGCAGAUGAUGGAGGCGGAGCCACCAGAGAUCUACCUCAUGAAGGACAUGAGCAUGCCACUGACUGAGACAAACAUCAUGAUGUCACUCACUAACCUGGCUGAUAAGGAGCUGGUUCACAUGAUCAGCUGGGCCAAGAAGAUUCCAGGGUUUGUAGAGCUCAGUCUCUUAGACCAAGUGCACCUGUUGGAGUGCUGCUGGCUGGAGGUGCUGAUGAUGGGACUGAUGUGGAGAUCUGUGGGCCACCCAGGGAAGCUCAUCUUCUCCCCUGAUCUCAGCCUGAGCAGAGAAGAGGGGACCUGUGUCCAGAGCUUUGUGGAGAUCUUUGAUAUGCUGCUGGCCGCCACGUCCAGGGUGAGAGAGCUCAAGUUGCGGAGGGAGGAGUACGUUUGCCUCAAGGCCAUGAUCCUCCUUAACUCCAACGUGUGCCUAAACUCCUCGGAGGCCAGUGAUGAGCUGCAGAGUCGCUCCAAGCUGCUGCAUCUGCUGGAUGCCGUAACGGACGCUCUGGUGUGGUCCAUCUCCAAGACCGGCCUCACCUUCCGCCAGCAGUACACCCGCCUUGCCCACCUGCUCAUGUUGCUCUCCCACAUUCGCCAUGUCAGUAACAAAGGCAUGGACCACCUCCACUGCAUGAAAAUGAAGAACAUGGUGCCUUUGAAUGAUCUGUUGCUGGAGAUGUUAGACGCCCACAUCAUGCACAGCGCCCGCUUGCCUCACAGCCCUCCCCAGCAGGAGUCCGCAGACCACAGCGAGAUGCCUCCACAGCAACACGACUCUGGCAGCAGCUCCUCAAAGAGUUGGACUCCCAGCAACAACGGAGAUGAACUCUAGAAGUCAGUGCAGCCGUCAGUGCAGCCGUCAGAGUGAUAAGGUUUUCACAACCUGUCUGAUAAAAUGUAUCAAAGAGUUUCAAGUGAAAUGCUGCCUUACUCCAUGCUCUCCUGUUAAGCAGAUCUGAAAACUUAUGAGCUAUUUUACUGGAAAUAUUUUCAAAAUUGUGUGAUUGGUCAAGAUUGAGUGGUUAAGAGAGAGUUGGCAUGAGAAAAAUCCCAUGUCAAAGCUCAUGCUUUGAAACAUAGGAUGCACUAUUUCUGCCAACUUAUGUGAUCAUAUUUUCAAAAUUUGCUGCACUAGCCUGAUGGGACCAGUAAUCAUUUAAAUGUACAAUCAACUGCUAUGAAACUAGUGUUAACAGCUAGUUUUGAAACAGAAAGAAUCACGCAGACUAUCUACAAGUGAAUGAAAGUGGGGCAGAAGAUGCACCAAGCUUUGAUCAUCAUGGCGAUCAUGUUAGGAAACAAAAUUUUCAUCAACCCUGAGAUGUUCCCUGAGCUAACAUAGCAACACUGUAGACUGUAAUGUCAGAGACUGACAGUAACUGAAGACACAAGGCAAAUAGGAACCGCAUUCUGGCUUUUGGGGGACAUCAGGAUGGCCAGGGCUCUCACACUGUAUUUGUGGCAUCUGAGUAGUUGUUCACUUUAAAGUGUUUGAUUUGUGAACUAAGCCAUAGCUAUUGCAGCUGCUCGCUGAUGUAGGGGAGUCACCAAGCCUCAGGUGAUGCCACUUAAUAUAGAGUACAACAGGUGGUGAUGGCUCCUGGCACAAAACACCAGCCAGUGACACAGCACCCUGCUUUUCACCAGUAGAUGUCAGGCCAAACACAGAUUUGGCUGGUUUCUGCAAGAUGCUGCCUUGAUUGAAUUUGUUCCAGUCAAAAACAGCGCCGAAAUGAACCAUGUCUGUUGAAUUAUGUUAAGAUCCUGUGGUUGUCCAUUAAAAAUGCAUUGAUUUUUUACAGCUUCUGUUGCCGAAGAAUGGUGGACCUCCCGCAUGACCACCAAGAGGGCUGUUUUUCAUCACCUGAACACCCUGAAUGUCUAGCUGAGUCACUUGUCUCUGUCCAGUCCGGGCUUUAUCGUCUAGGUCGGUGCUUGUUUUCUGUGGAGAAACCUAACCAUUGUUACUCUAAGACUCCCUUGCACUCUUACACCUGUCUGUUCUGUUUGCUGAAAGGCAAGCAGAAGAGAAGCUUAUUUUUGUAUGGUAGCACUUGCUAGCUAUCGUGUGCACAGCUUUGACAAUCAUGACCUUGCACUGCCAGAUUUGACACUUGCAUGGAUAUGCACCAAACAUGAACAUGAAAUGUAGAGCUAGAAAAUAACCUCUGAACCCAGUUCAUUUGUUGGCCUUGUCUUGUCCUUUUCCUCUGCUCACACUUUAUAUGGCUGUGUACAGUAUCACCAACUGUAUGAUCCCAGUGUGUAAUUAGGGUGUAUCUAGGAAGGAUAGCCAUACCCUUUCAUUUCUGGUGAUAUCUUUUAUUAAUGAUGUGUAAUUUCUCAAGUAAAAUUUGCUGACUACAA